AUGGGAACUUGGCUGAAAGCGAGUGCGCUAUCAACCUUGUCGAGUGGCAAGACUGUUAAGGAGCUAGUGGAUGCAAUGAUGACAGCGCCGCGCCAGUAUCAUGGGGGAUUCGCGACGGCGGCAUUUAAGGCAGGAGCAGCGAGAGGGCAGUUCAAGAAAGAUCCCCUUCCACCGGCACCUGCGGGGAAAGAGGGAGACAAGAAUGACACACUCGUUCUAGUUGGGGUGGUGGGGACCAAGCUUGAGGACAAGAAUGUUCACUCCAGGUCCCCUGGUGACAUGUACGGCGCAGGCUGCGUUACUAUCGCUGCCUUCCUUAACACCACCAGCAACGACUACAGCAUUCGCUACCGCAUCGGGGUGAAUACAAGCGACCCUGACGGGCCCACCGAGGUACUCUUAGCCCAGGGCUAUGACGUGCCACUCACGCUGGUCAACGGGGGUGACACGUGGACCAAACACACUGUCCCGGACGCAAAUGUGACUAUCGGGUACAUGUACGAAAUCACCGGCAGUAUUCCCGCGACGUACAAGGCGUUAAUGAAUGGAAUGCUGGCAGCACCACAGGCUUUCUCUGCUGUUCUCAUCACCAACUAUUUCGACCUUGGUGCGCUGAGGGGUUGGUUUGUCAAUAGUACUCUGGCGGGAGAGAACGGCUGCGCCAUUGUUUAG